AGUUGCGCGUCUUCCCCACACUGCAAACACUAAAAGGAUAACUUGCCCUCCAAACAAGCAUGACAGACCCCGACAAGGAGCUACGAGAGCGGUUCGAGAAAUUAAAAGUGGAUACAGCAAAGAGCUCACAGUCGUUGCCCAGCGACGAGGAGUUGUACAGCCGCCUAAAAAGUCUCACGGGCAGUGACCCGGUAGCUUCCAUUCGCCCCCAGCCAUUGCCGUCAGAGAGAAGUUUCUCUACAGUCGGCGACACAGGGCAUCUUGAAGCUGAAAUUGCGGCCCUACUCCAAGAACCUCUCCUACUGAGUGACGUGGAUAUUGAUAUCGCUUAUGAAAACGAGCGCAUCAGUGUGCCUCCCACACCUGUGCCAGGAGAAGGGCACGAAGCUUUUAACAAUACUGAUGGCGGGAAAUAUGUCGACUAUACAAAUUUACUGCUCACAUCGCCGACAAAAUCCAGAUUAGAACGACCAGAUGUGGGCGACGACCCUGCUGUUGCUUCUUUGCUACAAGAAAUUCAAGAGGAAGUUCAGCUGGAGAAGAAGUAUGGUGUCGUGGCGGGUGUUGCAGAUAGUGAAUUAGAGAAAAGAAUGAAAGGCUUGCGGGAAUUCGUGCCUCCGUCUCGUGGCGCUAGCCCAUCCGUCGAAGUUACAGGCAAAGAGGGCCCUGGCAAAUCAUCCGAUACCCAUCCAAAGUCGCAGCUUGGUCUUCCACCCACUCCGCCAUCAUUUGAUGACUUUGUAAACGAAGAAGACAUGUGGUGCUGCAUUUGCAACGAUGACGCUACCGUCCGGUGCAAAGAGUGUGAUGAUGAUCCAUACUGUAAUCGAUGCUUCAAGGAGGGUCAUGAGGAUGAUUACGAGCUGAAAAGGCAUGUUGCAAUAAAGAUCGCGAAGCAGACGCGGAAACAAAGUUGAAAGAACAGCAAAAACAUCCGGUAUCUAUACGUAAAAUAUUGAGGACACCACCUCAAUAUAUAUGGUUAUGUAACUCCCUGGGAGAAAUGUCCCAAAGAAUUGUCCCAAAUUGAACCGACAAAAGUAUGCCUUUGGACAAGAGACCAACGAUGAACAGC